CGACAAUGCUCACUUUCAACGUGUCCGUUGUACGAGGUGGAGGCGCCCGAGCGCUCGCAUUACUCGUUUGGUUACGUUUGCCAGUGUUUUGGCCUGCACACAUGGGGAGCGUCCUCGUCCGACUCCGACCUCAAAGUGCGCGCAAACCGUGCACGUAACACGGCCGUGGGUGUUCGUAACAGCUUCACACAAAAUCGGCCUCAGCUAUUCUGGAGCCCUGUGACUCCCGAUUGUUGGGUGCAUUUUUGGUUCGGGAAUAAAGUUUUCCUAAAGCCGUGUUAAAAAGUUAAAAUAAUCAAACCGUGGACAGCAGACAAGUGAAGCUAAAACCGUGUGAGUGUCUGUGGCGCGUGUUUUGUAAUCAGUCGCCAGAAGAGGAAAGAAGAAAAAAACAUAAACGUUUCAAGCUGCAGGGGAAAACACGGGAAAAAGUGUACGUGUGUGUGUGUUUUGGAACAAUCAAAAAACAAAGUUGGAACGAAACCCAUUUGCCGUCAGCGUUCUUUGGAAACAAAAACACACCGAAACAAUAGCCGCAUGCGUUUUCUGUACAACCUAAGCACAAACCGUCGUGACAGUUGUUCUACCGCAAAGUGACCGAAGCCGGCCGACAGUAGCACGCGUCCAAAACUCUGUCUGAGGUCGAAAGAUUGCUGACGUUGUUGCAGUUCACGCUGGUGCUGGAGUGCGUCCCCCAUCCGAGAGGAGGGUGGCCCUUGGUGGCCCAUUCCGGGUGCCGUAUUUGCUCGUGGUUGCAUCCGUCGCUGUGUGCGUGCUAUUGUGUGAAUGUAUAUUUUGCACGCUGCUCACAGUCCUCCGCCGCCGGGGUUUUCUAUUAAUAAAGCUAUGAAGCUAAUGAUGAUCGUGAUGAUCGUGGUGAAUGCGAAGCAAAUAAUGCUGCCGACUGGCGCAUCCAUGCGGCAGUGGUAAGCACCGCUUGCAAGUCGCGAGUGUCAACCGUGUGAAAUUGGUUGGUGGGGCUCGUCAGGUCGGAAAAAGUCGCGUGGAAUAAGUGGAAUCAUUCAGUGAAGUGGGAUCCGUUUGGAAAAUACAGUGAGAUGAUCUGCUGUGGGCGCACUCAUUCUUGGUAAUGAAAAACCUAAAUCGUGUUAAAAGUGUGAAAGAGUGGCCAAUUGGCACCGGCAAGUGUCUGUGCGCGAGCUCCAAGUGGAAGUAAGUGAUUGCGUAAGCGUUGCAUCGGAAAUUCAAGAGCAUUGGAAAGUAUCGGUGGUGUGCGUUUCCCCUGCUCAGCCGUCUAGUGUUUGUGGCCGACCCGAAAAGGCACCAAUAAAUCUAUCCACAGCUCGUUCAAUACUUCAUUGGUGCAGUGCGCGAACGACGUUGAGGUAAACUUCGCUUUCCUUCGGGCGACGAAGAUCAUCACGGACCAUUGUCGGUAGCAUAAGUGGCUGUGAAAAACGUACUAGGCCGACGAAGGGAACAAUCCCUAAGGCCUUUUAAGAGCAAGGCCACCGAUAGUCUUAAUAAGCGUGUGUGCGUGUGUGUUUCCGGGUUCGCAAAUUUGAAGUCAAGGUGCGCCGUGGUGGAGUGAGUGUUGCGACACGUUAGCGUUAGUAUUCAAUCACGACCCCGGGUAUAGUAGUAGGGAAACAAGUGUAUUCAUAAUGCCCGCCAGAUCGUUCGUGCGCGUUCUCAGGAAGUCGCUGUACUAUGCGCGCUCCGAACGUACCCUGUACGACAGUGCCGAGGACAUCCAUACCGUGUGGGAUGGUGCGCAGGAGAAUGAAGAAGCCCGGGAGAAAGAAUCAACCGAUGAUGAGCUGAUGGGUGAGGAACCACAGCUAGCAUCGUUGGUAGAGACGCCCGAGGUGCUGGAGCAGGGAAUUCUGGCCAGCUCCGAGCAGAGUUGGAAGCUGCUGGAAGCUCUCGCUUCCUUUCCUGCCCGUAGCCAAACAAAGUCUUCGCAGGAACUAGCGUCCCUGGUGGAUGGACUGGUUCAGCAUGUAGUUGCACACCGUGCCGAGCACAGCCGGAGAUCGAAGACAUCCACCACGGACGGCCUGUGCUGUCCGAUCUGUGAGGGUGUACUGAGAUAUCCGGUUACCGCCACCUGCGGACAUACGUUCUGCCGACAGUGUUGCUUCGGGCACAGCCGUUGCACGGUCUGUGGACAGCGGUUUCCUUCCGCGGUCACGGCAACGCUGACCGCAACCAGCGCAUUAUCCGCAUUUACGACGACGCCGUCCUCCUCCUCCUCGGCGACCGUUACAUCGGCCAGCUAUGCCGCACUGUCGACAGCCGGGCUGGUGGAAGGCACUGAGCUGUCGCUAUCGUCGGGCGGUGGUUUCGAGCUGGACAUCCUCAUCCGACGGCUCGUCGAGCGUUGGUGGGGUCCGGAGUUGAAGGCGGCCGAGCUGCAGGAGGAGGCACAGCGCCAUCUGGAGGACAACUCGCUGGACGAGGCGCUUCGUUGCUGCAAUCAAAGUCUCGAGCACGUGCCCAACAGCGCCAAAGGACUGCAGCUGCGCUCGGAGGUGUUGCACCGGUUGCAGCACUACCAAAGUGCUCUGGCUGACGCUGACAGUGCCCUCAAGUGUCUCCCAACGUCACAUAAGGCCUACUAUUGCCGAGCCAUAUCACUGUCAGCAUUGGGAAAGUACGAGGAAGCUGUUAUUGCGCGAUGCCUGUCCAUCUUCCUGGAUCGGCAGUCCCAUACGGUGUCGAGUGGAGUCAAGUCAGAGCUGAUGCAGGAUCUGAAACGAUUGCUACAAGACUCCUCCAGUCUUGCAUCCCGCAUCACCCUGAACGAUCACAACCAGCCCGACGAACAUGACGAUCCGUUCGGAUCGAUCUUCGACCACUCGUACGACCUGAUCGCCGGAUGCCGCAAACGACGUCACCAUCGGUCACCGCAGCGUCGUAUGUCCAAGAAACAGUUCCUCACCCUGCGCCAAGGUGACUUCGAUGAAGAUCAUUCCGACUACGGUGGUGAGGGCUAUCUGAGCACUGACCUUCUCUUCGACUACAUGGAAGAUCCGUUCAGUGAGGAGUCAUUGCUUGGGCCGGCCCAUACCCACAGUCGCCGUCAGCACCGUAGCCACCAUCGAAGGCGUAGGAAAUCUGGCAGCUCGUUGCUGCCAUCCGAUCUCAAGCUGGAGCAACACCUGCAGGACCAUCAGUACCAUCAGGCACGGGAGCAGCAGAAGGAACAACUGCUACAGAACGGUUCAACCAUUCCCCAAACGAACCUGCGGCUCAAGACGCUCCUGGAGCGGUUGGACGGUGAGCUGAAGUCAACGCGCUGGUUGGACACGACACCGGUGCGGUUAACGGUGAACCCGUCGCUGAUUGAACCGUCGGACUUUGACUGUGUACUGUGCUGUAGGACACUGUGGCGACCAGUUGUAACUCCCUGUGGACAUACUUAUUGCUGGGUUUGUCUCGAUCGAUGCAUGGACUACUCUUCAUCCUGUCCGCUUUGCAUGGCGCCGCUGGUAGAACAGUUCCGCAACCAUCAGCCCGGAAGUCCCUCAGGAACGACGGAAGCGGCCAGCUCUAACCCAGCCAACGCGCCCACCAACUUGAUCUCACUGGCGAAACGGAAAAUGACUCGCUUCGUCGAUCUCGCCAUGCAACGCUUCAUCCCGGAAGCGUACGAACGGCGUCAGCAGCAGGAACAGGAUCGUGAACCAACCGUUCCGGUGUUUAUCUGCACAACUGCAUUCCCAUCGGUACCGUGUCCACUGUUCGUCUACGAGCAGCGCUACCGGCUGAUGGUACGCCGAGCGAUCGAAAGUGGAGAACGACGGUUCGGGAUUGCUCUGCCCGCACAAAAUGGACGCCAACGGUACGUGGAGUACGGUACGAUGCUAGACAUCCGGGACUGUGUGCAGCUCGGGGACGGUUGCUCCAUUCUUUCCACCGUUGGUGGCCGUCGGUUUCGUGUGCUAACACGUCACGAGCGCGAUGGGUACGAUACGGCACAUGUGGAGUUUUUCGAGGACGAAAAGAUUGGUGCUGGAUCGGAGGCCGAAGAACGACUACAGCUGGUGAGGGAUCUGCACGAGAAGGUGCUGCUGAAGGCGAUCGAUUGGCACCAAAGCCUGCCGGAAAGUAUACGGUGCGAGAUCUUCAAAAGCUUCGGCAAGAUGCCAGACCUGGAGGAGAACUGGGAAGAUGUGACGGAUGGGCCAGCGUGGGCCUGGUGGAUCAUUGCGAUCCUGCCGCUCAACGAUAAGCUCAAGGUUGACAUCCUCUCGACAACGAGCCUGAAGAAGCGGCUCCGUGCAAUCGACAAAACGCUCAACCUCGAGUCGGCCCAGCAGAAGCGUCAGCGCUCGGUCUGCGUCAUGGCGGGCGCUUCGUCCGCGUGCUGCGAAGGACUAUCAUCGACGCAACAGUGCCAAGCGAUCGACUGUUGCCUGCGAGAAAGAACUACCUCAAGCGUUCAUAAUCACCAUCACCACCACCACCAUCAUCAUGAUAGCGAUAGGGCGAGCGACUCCACACAGCAUCAUCAUCUGCACCACCAUCACCAUCAUCACCAUCUGAGCACGUCUACGGACGAGUUUCUCCUGUAGUAGAAUUAAAGUAAUGGGAGCAAGCAGAAGCCAACAACCACUGGCAUCUUCGUACCGGGGUGACAACACGUUAAUACUUCCGUGCAAAAGCUCUCGUCUCGCACAAGGACCGGCUCACGGGUCUUCUCACGGCCUGAGUUGUAGAAUGUUAGUGUGUGCAAAUCUUUCCUAAUCAAUCCAAAACCGGAACCGAUGGAUCAAAAUAGUAACAGCAAACGAGUAAACGGAGCUAAAACAUUAGAGCAGUACAGAUGGCAAGGGAGGGAGAUAAUCGUGAUUACUUGAUGCAUUUGAUGGAUGUAGUGGUGGAAACACGUGUGUGUGUAUGUGUUGUGCCAGGUUAGGGUCAAUGGAUGAACGUCCUAUUAGACGUCCCAUAUCGUCUGACGAGAGAGAGACAGACAGAGACACACAAGAAACAUAAUUCAAGCUUUAAAGAGUGUAAUUCCAAACGCCAAAUCGCCAUGUUUUUGACUAGCCAACCUAAUAACCAAGUGUUUCCCUCUUCCCAACUUUUUUAACAAACAAACAAAAAUCCUUUAUCCAAUUAACAUGAUAAGCGUAAAUGAUAUAACCAAAAGCAACCUUCUUGAUCCUGAUCGUCAUUCACCUUUUCAACCGAAAUCCAGUUUAAGCUUUCAACUCCUAGUCACUUUCGGUUCGAUCUAAUAACCAUUUUCCUGCUAGCGUUAAAACUCUACACAAAUGAACAAAAACACCUGCAUAUUCGAUCGUUCACGGUGAGUAUAGCUUGCUUCCCGUUUUGCCUCUAACUACACUUCAACAUAUUAUCCUUGCUCUUAUAUCUAACUCUUCUUCUACUUUCCCAAAGAGUCUUGUACAGCAAGCUUGCUCUUUAUCACUAGAGACGUGAGGCAUUUUCAUGUCGAUUUGCCAACUUUAUUGUUGUUUCCCUCUUUCACCUUUCUACCAAUGCAAUUCAAUCUUUCUCUGAUGAUAUAAACUGGUACAGAAAAGAAAAAAAAAUUGUCUUAAAUUCUACAAAAUAUAUACACACGAGAAGACACACUGACACGCUCACACAUCUAUAUAUCAAGAGCAUUUUUUUGUAAUAGCAAAGGAAAAGUUAGGAAAGGAAAAUGGGAAAGUACCGGAUAGCAGUGAAAAUCGUAAAAGUGAAGCAAAAAAGUUAAACGAAAACGAAAAAAAAGCUAAAGCAAACACACACUCACAAAUAAUGGAAUGAAAAAAAUGGGAGGUUAGCAAAAACAAACAAGAAAAACUUUGCGGUGCUGUGAGACAAUGUGAGGACAAUCUUUUCUGCAGGUGACCAAAAACAAAAAGCAAACAUACACACUACAACACAAAAACCUACAAAACAAUGCAACGGAAUCGGUUUUCUAUAAUGGAGGAUUGGGGAAGGCGAGAGAGAGAGAGAGAGAAAUUUUAUCCCGCUCUCUUCUCUUCUUCCCUUUCUCCUCUUUCCUCCUCGGGAUUCAGCUGGGAACACAUUUCCUCAAAUCAAAUCAAAUCGUAGUGGCCGAAAUGUAGCGAUGGCAACUGUAUUAGCUGCCAACGAUGGGACGCAGUAUUCAACACAACUGUCACACACACACACACACCUAGAAACACUUUCGCUUGAAAGACUAAAGGGGAGAAAACACAAACUCACAGUCGAUGCAAUAGGAAUGUGCAAAUGGAACAAUCGGUAAACAAUCAGUAAAGCAAUUCUCAUAAUCAACUUCCUCGUGUAUAGAAUGAACUACAGUAAACACACACACACAAAGAAACACUAAUAGAAAAGCAAACGAAUUGGAAAACAGAAAUGCGGAAAGGAACUCCUACCAUUUAAGUGAUUGUGAUUUAGUUUCUUCUUCCUAUUUUCUACUUUACUCCCUCUCAUGUUUCACUUUGAUUAGUGUGAUUUGUGAUACUAUGAAGAUUAGUUUGAUAAGUUUAGGGUUAAGCUUUUCUGCUUUUUUUUUCUUUCAUUUUGUACCCCCAUCUUAUGUUUUGUGUAUGUUUUGUGUUUUGUUUUAAUUUUACUUUACUUGUAACUUAGUUCUGCUCCUAAUCAACCUUCUACCAUGUGCUGGAGGAGUUACUUUCGACUUAUCGUAAUGGCUUGCGAUGAGGGAGGAAAAAGAAAUGCAUUUCAAAGCAGAAAACAGUGCAGUGAGUGUGACAAGGGUAGAAAGGAUUAGCUUAGAUACGAUUAGCAUAGAAAUGUGUGUGUGUGUGUGUGUGGAAAUGGAAGCAAAAAACACACACACACACACACCCACACAGAACUAGAUAAUGGAAAGUAAUGGUAACUAUUAGUACACUAAAUUCAAUGUUUGGGACGUAAGUAGGAAAUAGGACCUUUUUUUAAAUGUAAAUGUAAUAAGAAAACACUAAAACACAUACACAGAGAGAGAAAGAGAGAGAGAGAGAGAGAGAGAGAGGGAGAGAGAGAAACAAGCGAAACCGAUCUGUUCCUGCAGGUGAAGGAAGGUCCCACUGGACAGACGCCAAAUGGUAAGGUGAACAUAAGGGAAGAUGAGAAGUUGGAUGAAAAACAACACACACACACACCGACACAAAACUGCGUAGAUAAAGGUGAAGAAAUUGUGCUAGCCAGUAAGCUAAAUUAUGUCAACUACUAGGCACCGAAUGUAUCUCAAUCAUUCCCAAAUUCCUUCGAAGGUUCCAAUGGUUUUUAACGAAAUCCGCUCGCGCUGAACAUCGCCAUAACAGCACUAUUAGUUAGCUCUAGCAAUGGGAAGAAUGGGAAAUGGCGUGCGAUGCGACAUGACAUGAGCCAAAGUGUGCCAGCGACAAGAAGCGGUAAGGGCUGUUGGAUUUAAGGGAAUCGCCACACCGUCAUGUUUGUUGUACAAAAAAAUCCAAAAAAGGCGACUACUAAACGAUGUGAUUGUGUGCAGCAGCUCGGUUCGCGGUGUUCGGAACAGCGGUGUCGGUCAGACGAUUUAGGCUGGGGAAAGGGGAGGGAGAGGAGCGAAGUGAUUGUGGGGAAAAAGGGGCGGAAAAUUAUUUUUAUUUUCUGUUUGUGUCGUGCACCGCGUGUGCGCCGGGCGGAGAGAGGCAAUUGAUAGAUCUUCAACUAAAUAAAUGAAAGAAUCCAUUUUUCAAUGUAA